AUGCUAGUUAUCAAACGAAUAAGGGAUGGGCCGUUUAACCCUAUUAAAGUGGCGGAGCUUAUUCUUGACAAUGGUCAAUGGGACAUACAAAAGUUGAGGUGCCUUUUUGAUCACGAAACUGUUGCGGCAAUCUUGAAAAGGGGUAACCCCUCUGGUUUGGGCCCUGAUAGAUGGCAAAAUCCUGGAGCGACACAAGAUUAUGUGGUGGAGUAUUUUGUCAAACGCUCUCCCGGUGAGAGCUGUGAUCGCUCGCAGAUUCCAAAUAGCAGACACCUGGCCCCACUUUGUGGAAGUGGUGAGGAAUCUGUUGAACAUCUAUUUCUUUCCUGUGAGGUGGCUCAACACUUAUGGCGUUCUUCUCCUUGGGGUAUCUAUCCGGUCUGUGACACGGGUAUUCGCGCCUGGGAUUGGGUCAAGUUCAUCUGGGAUCUAAAAUACAAAGGAGCUAAUGUUGAUGAUAUUUUCUUGUAUGCUUCUAUUAUUGUGGAUACUUUAUGGAGGGUGCGUAAUGACAAGAUCCAUAAUAACUGCCCUGUUGAUUUUAACAAAUGCUUUGAUAUUAUUUGUACUUCCUAUGCAGAUAUGUAUGAUUCUUUGCUCUCUAGUCCCACUCCUGUGUUACCAAUUGCCUGGUCCCCUCCUCCUCUGGACUGGAUUAAGCUCAAUUGUGAUGUGAAAGUGGGCCUGGAAAGUAUGUGUAUUGCUGUAGUGGCUAGAGAUCAUUUCGGCAGAGUGCUUAGAGUUCACACAGCUCGGGAGGAUUUCUCGGAUGCUCUGUGCGGUGAAGCUGCGGCUUGCUGUUUGGCGGUGUCAAUCGCUUUGGAUUCCGGCUACAAGUUUGUUAUUGUGGAGAAUGAUUCGAGGGUAGUUAUCGAUGCCAUCAAUGGGAAGGGUUCUCAUUGGGCUUUAGUGAACUAUAUCUCAUUUUGUACUAAAUCUUCUCCUUCUUUUAAUAGUUGUAUUUUCUCUUAUGUCAGUAGAACUUGUAACUUUGCCGCUCAUAAUGUGGCUAGAUGGGCCUUCGCCCAUCAGAUGUAUGGGUCCCUACCGGUUUCUUCUAUUCCGGAUGCUCUAUUUUGUAACGACCGUGAGGUCUAA